AUGCACCCUGAUUUUGACCCUUUAUCCAGACAGGAAUCAAGACAAUCCGAGAAGGGAUUGGCUCGGAUUAAUUCCCACCACCCAGACGAUCAAUCGAUAUCCCGCUCGCAGACUAAUCACAGAAAGCCUGAGGGCGAGAAUUCGGAUGCAGCAUCUAAAGAUCUUGAAGCCGCCGAUCAUCGGCCUCAGACACCACCCCCGGAUCUAGGAAAGACGCAUGAUCCAAACGUAGUAACGUUCGGCGGGCCUGAGGACAUGGAGAAUCCGAAGAACUGGAGCUUUAAAGCGAAGUGGGGAACAACUGCUAUUGUUUCUGCUUUUGCCCUUAUAUCGUGAGUGCCCUUCCUACGGCUAGUGGCUUGACCGAACACAGUACACUAACAACAAUUUUCCGAGCAGACCUGCAGCGAGUUCAAUGAUUGCACCAGCCCUAGGUAGAAUAGCGGAAGGGUUUGAAAUUACGGAAGAAAUAGAAACAUACAUGAUGUUAUCGGUAUUUGUCCUGGGAUAUGUUUUUGGUCCAUUGGUUCUCGUAAGUCAUCGAUGGACUGCCGUACAAAGUGUGGUGUGAUUAAAAGUUGGGCGGCGCAGGGACCUCUCUCCGAGAUAUAUGGCCGCGUGCCUGUAUUACAGCUCGCCAAUCUAUUUUUCGUGGUGUGGAAUACUGCCUGCGGGUUCAGCCGGACAAAAUCUCAGCUGAUCGUGUUUCGAUUUCUGUCGGGAUUGGGUGGGAGUGCACCUUUACCGGUACUUCCCUCCCCAGAACCUCCCAUUUCUCCCUUGCUAAUGAAUUAAUAGGUCGGCGGUGGAAUGCUUAGUGACCUUUGGACCACCGAGGAACGCGGAAAAGCAAUGUCACUGUACUCGCUCGCCCCUCUUCUCGGCCCAACAGGUAUUAAUCCUUUCUACUCUCUUCAGUUUUUACUCUAAAGACCAGCAGUCGGUCCCAUAGCCGGUGGAUUCAUCGUGGAGAACACCUCUUGGCGUUGGAUCUUCCACGCAACUUCAAUUCUCAGCUGCGUACCCCUAAUUCUGGGACUAUUCUUCAUCCGAGAAACAUACCCUCCGAAGAUUCUCGCCAACAAAACUGCCCGACUGAUUCACGAAACGGGAAACCAGAACCUCCGUAGCGAGUAUGACGACUCCGAUAAGACAAUUGGAAAGACCUUGAGAAUAUCUCUGGUCCGACCUUUCAAGUUGCUCGGAACACAGAUAAUUGUACAAGUUCUAUCCUUGUACAUGGCAUACCUUAUUGGCUUGAUGUAUCUCGUUUUGUCAACUUUCCCAAUCCUUUGGGAGAAAAGAUACCACAUGAGCAUCGGCAACAGUGGACUGAACUACCUCUCAAUGGGUCUCGGCUUCUUCCUUGGGGCACAAAUCUGUGCUCCUUUGAGCGACAAGGUGUGCGCCCCCCCACCCUCCCCUCGAACCCCCACCUCUUAUCCCUCAACUAACCCUCCAAGAUAUACAUCCGCCUAAAAACCUACAACAAUGGAAAAGGUAUCCCCGAAUUUCGAGUGCCACUAAUGUUCGUCGGUGCUCUUUUUGUCCCCACCGGCCUCUUCUGGUAUGGCUGGAGCGCGCAGCACAACCUCCACUGGAUAAUGCCCAACAUAGGUGCAUGCAUGUUCUGCCUGGGCUCGAUCAUCGGACACCAGUGCAUACAGACAUACAUCGUGGACACAUACACGCGCUAUUCUGCGAGCGCUCUCGGAGCUUCCACCACACUGCGGUCCCUGGCGGGCUUUGGGUUACCGCUUUGCGCGCCAUAUAUUUAUCAAAAUUUGGAUUAUGGAUGGGGGAAUAGCGUGCUGGGAUUUUUGGCUUUGGCCCUCGGCGUGCCCGCGCCGUUUUUGCUUUGGUGGUUCGGGAGUAGGUUGAGGGCCCGGUCGACGUUUGCUGCCGGGUAG